AUGGCAGGGCCGGGGGGAGGCGGCGAAAGGGAGACGCGGAUGCUACCGCGGUCGCCGCCGCUGCUGCUGCCGCUGCUGCUGCUAGGGAUUCUCCUUAGCCGGUGCCUGGGAGAGCAGCCCGCUCGCGCCGCCGCCGCCUCUUCCUCUUCCUCCUCCUCCUCUUCCUCCUCCUUGUUGCCCGGGGCAUCUGAUUCUGAGGAAACGGUGAUAAUAGGGUUACGGCUGGAGGACACGGACGAUGUGUCCUUUAUGGAAAAGGGAGUGCUCCGGGUGAGCGAGAGAACUCGUGUCAAACUGCGGGUCUACGGGCAGAAUAUCAAUAACGAGACCUGGUCCCGCAUCGCGUUCACUGAGCAUGACCGGUGGAGGGAAGGGGAAGGCAGGCGGCCGCCAGCUGAGCAAGAAGACGGCCCGGUCCCCGUGAGUUCCGUGUCGUCGGCCCCGCAGCGUUGCGGCAUCCGGACCUCGGAUAUCAUCAUCCUCCCGCAUAUCACCCUCAACCGUCGUACCUCGGGGAUUAUCGAGAUCGAUAUCAAGCCGUUGCGCAAAACCGAAAAAAGCAAGUCCUACUACUUGUGUACCUCUGUGUCUUCCCCUGCUAUCCUAGGAGGGGCGGGGAGUGUGGCUGGGAGCUCUGGUGGUGGAGGUGGCAUGAUUGGUCCUGAUGGAGGGCCCUGGACUGAGACAACCUGGAUCUAUCAUGAUGGUGAGGACACCAAGAUGAUUGUAGGUGAGGAGAAGAAAUUCUUGUUACCCUUCUGGCUUCAGGUGAUCUUCAUCUCCCUCCUGUUGUGUCUUUCGGGCAUGUUCAGUGGUCUCAACCUGGGACUUAUGGCUCUUGAUCCUAUGGAGUUGCGUAUUGUGCAGAAUUGUGGGACAGAAAAAGAAAAAAACUAUGCUAAGCGCAUUGAGCCUGUGCGUCGCCAGGGCAACUACUUGCUCUGUUCUUUGCUUUUGGGUAAUGUAUUGGUCAAUACUACCCUUACCAUACUGCUCGAUGACAUUGCAGGUUCUGGACUAGUGGCAGUGGUAGUAUCCACCAUUGGUAUUGUCAUUUUUGGUGAGAUUGUGCCACAGGCUAUUUGUUCCCGGCAUGGUCUGGCUGUGGGUGCCAACACCAUCUUCCUUACGAAGUUCUUUAUGAUGAUGACCUUUCCAGCCUCUUAUCCAGUCAGCAAACUGCUGGACUGUGUUUUAGGGCAAGAGAUUGGUACUGUCUAUAACCGUGAAAAGCUACUUGAAAUGUUAAGAGUCACUGAUCCUUACAAUGAUUUGGUCAAAGAAGAAUUGAAUAUAAUUCAAGGAGCGCUGGAAUUGCGCACCAAAACUGUGGAGGAUGUAAUGACUCCUCUCCGGGAUUGCUUCAUGAUUACUGCUGAAGCUGUACUUGAUUUCAACACUAUGUCUGAAAUCAUGGAGAGUGGAUAUACACGUAUCCCGGUUUUUGAAGGAGACCGCUCUAAUAUUGUGGACCUUCUUUUUGUCAAAGACUUAGCUUUUGUGGAUCCUGAUGAUUGCACUCCACUCAAGACCAUCACACGUUUCUAUAACCACCCACUGCACUUUGUCUUCAAUGACACCAAGCUUGAUGCCAUGCUUGAGGAAUUCAAAAAAGGUAAAUCUCACUUGGCAAUUGUGCAGCGGGUGAAUAAUGAAGGGGAAGGGGAUCCUUUUUAUGAAGUCUUGGGCAUUGUUACCUUGGAAGAUGUAAUUGAAGAGAUCAUCAAAUCUGAGAUUCUAGAUGAAACAGAUCUCUACACUGAUAACAAGACCAAAAAGAAAGUAGCCCACCGGGAGAGAAAACAGGAUUUCUCUGCCUUCAAACAGACAGAUAGUGAAAUGAAGGUUAAAAUCUCACCACAAUUGCUUUUGGCAAUGCAUCGUUUCCUAGCAACAGAGGUUGAAGCAUUUGGCCCAUCCCAAAUGUCUGAAAAGAUCCUCCUGAGGCUACUAAAGCAUCCCAAUGUUAUUCAGGAGCUGAAGUAUGAUGAUAAAAACAAGAAAGCCCCCGAAUACUACCUCUAUCAGCGAAACAAACCUAUUGAUUACUUCAUUCUAAUUUUACAGGGAAAAGUAGAAGUAGAGGCUGGGAAAGAAGGAAUGAAGUUUGAAGCUGGAGCUUUUUCUUACUAUGGAGUCAUGGCUCUCACAGCCUCACCAGUUCCUUUAUCCUUGUCUCGUACCUUUGUUGUCAGCAGAACAGACAUACUAGUGCCAGGAAGUCCAGCUGAAAAUAAGUCACCACCUCGUUCUUGUGGCUUAAAUCAUUCAGAUUCUCUUAAUAGAGGAGAUCGCAUUGAUGCCGUGACACCAGCAAUAGGGAAUAGCAACAAUCAGUUGAACUCCUCAUUUGUUCAAGUAUAUGUUCCAGAUUACUCAGUCAGAGCAAUCUCAGACAUUCAAUACGUCAAGAUCUCAAGACAGCAAUACCAAAAUGCCCUAAUGGCAUCUCGAAUGGAUAAAACACCUCAGUCCUCGGACAGUGAAACCACUAAAAUAGAACUGACUCUUACAGAACUGCAUGACGGUUUGCCAGAUGAGAUGGCAAAUCUACUGAACGAACAGAACUGUGUAACUCACAACAAGUCCAACCACAGUAUGCAUAAUGAAGGUACCAUCUAGGAAUUGUCACACGGCUUCAUCCUCUUUCUCUGCUUUCCAUCCUCAUUCCCAGUUCACAAGGACUAGUCCUUAUCCUUCACCUUCUCUCUGACUGUGACCACCAUUAACGUGUGCUUAUAAAGCGUGCUGCAUCCAGUGCUCUGAGACCAAAGACAUCCUGGGACCAGGAAACAAAACUGGGAAGAAAUGGGAGCUCAGAGAAUGAGAG